UCUUCUUUUGGGUCGCGCCCGUCCCUCAUCUGUUGUGCCGCUGUUUUUUGGUCUCGCGGUUGCGCCACUUUGAGCCACAAACCGCUGCGCAGUCAGCCCCCACCUACUUCCCUCCCCCCCUCGCUCCCUUCCCUCCCUCCUCACCCCGCCGCGCGUUCUCGGCUGGCCGGACCCCGCCGCUCGUCCGACUGGGUUCAGGGAGUGUCCGUGUGGCGUUUCACCAAGGCCGCCCCCCCUUCUUCUGUGGAAGCAGAGCCCAGGCCGGCCGGAAGACUCUACCUGGCCUGCCUGCUGGGUGUUUUGCUUCCGCGGUAUGCUGACCGGCUCCUGCCGGCCCCAGGGACCAGCGGGACGGGGUGCUGUGGCUCUGUGACCGGGGCGAAGGAGGAGGACAUCCCUGUCUUCAAGCGGAGACGGAGGUGCAGCUCCAUAGCAGCCUCGGAGAUGAUGGCUCACGGUCAGAGCAACAACAGCAAGUCCCACCGCAGGACUUCGCUGCCUUGCAUUCCGCGGGACCAGUCGUCCGGUACCAGUGUGUUGGUGGACAUCGCAGUGAUGGGUGAGGCCCAUGGAUUGAUAUCAGACUUGCUGGCAGACCCCUCGCUGCCCCCUAACACUUGCAGCUCUCUGAAGGCUGUCAGCAGUCUCCUCAGCACCCAGAUUAUCCUCCAGCCACUCCAUCGGCCACAUGUGCCACCAGUCACACACGCCUGCUCCGACUCGGAGGACGGGACCGAUAAAGUAGAAAAACUGGCCAUUCCAAAGCGUCUUCGGCGAAGCCUUCCCCCAGGGUUGUUGCGGAGAAUCUCAUCCACGUGGACCACAACCACAUCUGCCACUGGGCUCCCUGCCAUAGAGCCCGGACCUGUACGAAGAAACCGCUCAGCUAGCAUUAAAUACACCACAGAAAGUGAAUCAUGGAGAAACUCAGUCAUGACAACCAUCUCAAAAAGCCGCUCCAUGUCUGCCUCGUGUGCCACAUCCUUCACAUUGAACCACUUCUACAGCAAACCACCGGGAAAAACAGGUUUCAUCAACUCCAACAUAUCACCUUUGAGCUCCCCAUGUCCGUCGCCACCUGUUCAGGGUACCCCUGUCUCCAGCCCAACUAUCAAGACAUGUUUAAUUCAGCUUCCUGAGAUUUCCGUGCCGCUGACCGAGCAGACCCCGGCUGGCUGUGUGGUCUCCAAGAGUCAUCACCGAGCCUUAACACACAGCCAGAGCGCCCCAAGCUCCACCACCCCUCACUGGCGAUCGCCAUCACUCUGUAGCAGCUGCGGCAGGCCAUUCAACAAUCGACUGAACCACGGGGUAGAAUCUAUGGUCAAGGUAGACCGAAUACCUUGUCCAGAGGAGCGUGCGGUUACCUCAUCGGACUACGACAGCACGUAUGACAGCACUUAUGAGACCAACCACAGUGACAGCAGCGACUUUCUACAGAAUGAGGAAGAAGCUGAAGCAGGCAAGAAGCCGUCUGAGGCAAGAGAAGGCUGCCGGGAGUAUCCGUCGGAGAGCAUCGUUCUUCAUCCCCUCCUGCCAUCCCCUGAGUUUGUCCUCCACACACAGAACAAGCUAAUCCUGGCCCCUGAGCCGCUGGUGAUGCCCGGGUUGGAACCUCUCAUGAGUCAGCUCAACAAAUGGAAUUUCCCAAUUUUCAGUCUUGUGGAGCGGACACACGGAAAAACGGGUUGCAUUCUUAGCCAGGUAUCCUACAGGCUCUUCGAAGAUGCGGGUCUUUUUGAGACCUUCAAAAUUCCUGUAGCAGAGUUCAUGAACUACUUUCACGCUUUGGAGAGCGGAUAUCGAGAUAUCCCAUAUCACAACAGGAUCCAUGCCACUGACGUGCUGCAUGCGGUUUGGUACCUCACCACUCAACCCGUGCCUCGACUGCCCACGUUCCCGACUGAGAAUGGCAUCCACACCGACCCAGCAAAUGGCAUAACCCACGGUGCUCCGGCCUUUCUGUCAACCAAGAUACACUCUUUGCUGGAGGAAGGCUAUGGCUCCUUGUCUUGCCUAAUUCCGGGCCUGGAGCUGAUGGCCUUGUACGUAGCUGCUGCCAUGCACGAUUAUGACCAUCCGGGAAGAACCAAUGCCUUUCUAGUAGCAACCAGUGCACCCCAGGCGCUUCUGUACAACGACCGUUCUGUCUUGGAAAACCAUCACGCUGCUUCAGCGUGGAACCUCUUCAUGUCUCGUCCGGAGUACAACUUCCUGGUUAACCUUGAACAUGUUGAGUUCAAACGCUUCCGAUUCCUUGUCAUUGAAGCCAUCUUGGCAACUGACCUGAAAAAACACUUUGACUUCCUUGCAGAGUUCAAUGCCAAGGUCGGUGACGAAGGAAUGUCUGGGAUCGACUGGACAAACGAAAAUGACCGAUUGCUGGUUUGCCAAAUGUGCAUCAAGCUCGCUGAUGUCAACGGACCGCUGAAGUGUAAGGAGCUGCACUUGCAAUGGACUGAAGGGAUCGUCAAUGAAUUCUACGAACAAGGGGAUGAAGAAGCAAGCCUGGGCCUUCCCAUCAGCCCUUUCAUGGACCGCUCAGCGCCACAGCUCGCUAAACUCCAAGAGUCGUUCAUCACUCAUAUAGUGGGCCCCCUCUGCUCCUCGUACAAUUCGGCCGCUCUGAUGCCCGGUGACUGGGUCGACCUGCCGGAGGGGGAGGUGGAGCAAGAAGAAUCAAAUGAGAGUCAAGAUAUGGAGGAGGAACAGGGAGAUUGGGGUGAGGAACAUAUAUCUCCUGGCGCUGACUUCCCCCGGAGGCAUAAGACAAAGACGGGAAGCAGCAGGAAAGUGUUCUGCCAGAUCACACAGCACCUUCUGGAGAACCACGAAAUGUGGAAGCGAGUCAUUGCUAAAGAUGUCCAGGAGGACACCUCGAAAGAAGACCCAAACUGUCUUAGCUCCUCCACCGAGCCAAUUACAGCCAUUGAUGAGGAAGAGGAGGAACAAGCAAGCAAAGAGGAGGAAGAUUUGACUGAAUGUUUCGACAAAAACGAAGAGGUGCCAGCUAUCGAUGACGGGAACGAGCUGUUGCGAUCGCAGACGUCAGGCGGUGAAGAGGAGGAAUCUCAGUGAUAAUCUGAACAAGUGCGUACUCCCAAACCAGGAAUUUGUUUUACCGUCGUUUGUUUGCUCUCCUAACUCUUAAUACGGUAGCCAGCACAUCACUUUGACACAACACUGUAGAAGAUGUUUCGGGUAAUUUGUGCCUAACAAAAACAGGGUUUACGACUUAGAGCAAAAGAAGUGAACUCGGUGAAGACAAAGAAGAAAAACAA